AUGGGAAGCACGUCCCGUCUACUUCAGCACUGUGAUCUAUCUAGUCCCGCCAAGCGACAGGGGUCUGCCGCGACCACCUUUCCGAGUAUGUCCAAGCGUUCGGUGGCAAUCAAGUUUGUCACUGGCUUCCUCACCCUCAGUCAGAACGUGGACGGCCUCAGCCAAAUCGCGGAACAUCCACCAGAAACGCUCAAGCUCCUUCAUGGCACCCUGUUCGAAGUGAGAUGUCAAGACGAUACUUGUGGUCAUGUUGAGCAGAAUUAUAGAGACCCUAUCGUUCCAUCACUGGCAAUCCCGAAAGGCGGCCAGGAUCCCACCACGAAUGAUGCUAUGCAAGGCGUUGACUCGAGGAAGCUUAACGAGCUCGACGUCAGUGACGCUUCCGUGCCGAUCUCGAACAUCCCACUCAAGGACUUGCCGGGCUGCUCAAGGUGCAAGAAAUCACUACUACGACCAAAUGUUGUCUGGUUCGGCGAGCAGCUGCCUUCCACGACCUUGGGUGAGAUUGACGAGUAUCUUGAGACCGACGAAGGGGUCGAUCUCAUUCUGGUCAUCGGAACCUCGGCAAAAGUAUACCCUGCGGCUGGCUAUAUUCCCCAAGCACGCAUGAGAGGCGCAAAGGUCUGCGUCGUGAAUAUGGAUGCUGGUGACGCACCUCCUGGAGGAUGGAAAGAGUUCGGCCAGCCACUACACGAAACUCAUCCGCACUUGAUCAAACCUGGUGAUCUCACACCCGGAAUAUCUGCCCUGGAAUAUCACCACCGCAGAGCAGCUCUAGCACGAAAGCUUCCUCGCGACAGUGUUGCUGUUCUCGCGGCUGCUGACAUCAAGUAUCGUUCCGGCGCCGUCUUCUACGACUUUCACCAGGAAUCGAAUUUCUUUUACCUUACCGGGUUCAACGAGCCAGAGGCGGUCGCCGUGAUACAGAAAGGUCAGAGCGACGUUGAAGUUACUUUUCACCUAUUCGUGCGACCAAAGGAUGAGCGUGCAGAGCUGUGGGAUGGAGCAAGAUCGGGGGUGCAGGCUGCACAGGAUGUCUUCAAUGCAGAUGAGGUGGGCGACAUAGACGAUAUUGGGACGUUGAUGCCGGAAAUUAUGAAUGGAGCAAGAUCAGUGUAUACGGACAUUGGCCAUGCCGGUCGAAAGACUGCGUUGAGUCGGUUCAUCAAGGGACAGCCAAAGGUUGAUGGAAUGGCUAAGUUGCUGCAAAAUGCUGUAGUAAAGCCACUACGACCUAUGCUCAACGAGUUACGAGUGACCAAAUCCGAGGCGGAGUUGGAUUGCAUGCGAAAAGCUGGAUCUGUAUCUGGGGCGGUCCUGACCGAAGCCAUGAAGAGAACACCAAGGAGUGAGAAGCAGCUAUGGGCUGACUUGGCAUACGGCUAUCGCACUAAUGGACUCGACGGCGAAGCAUACGUGCCUGUGAUUGCAGGUGGCAAGAACGCGCUCAGCAUACACUACGUGCGGAAUGAUGCAUUACUCAAGCCCGGUGAGGUAGUCCUGGUGGAUGCUGGUGGUGAGUAUGGAGGCUACAUCACGGACAUCACGCGAACAUGGCCAGUCAGUGGACGUUUCACGGAUGCGCAGCGGGACAUGUACAACAUGAUACUCAAUGUUCAGAAGAGCUGCGUGAGCUUGUGCAGAGCCGAUGCUGAAGUUACCCUGGACAAGCUGCACCGAGUCAGUGAGACUGGUCUGCGGGAUGGACUGAAAAGUCUUGGAUUCGAUACCUCUGGUGACACACUGGACAAGCUGUUCCCGCAUCACGUUGGGCAUUACAUCGGUCUCGAUGUACACGACGCACCAGGCUAUCCACGAGCCGAUCUGCUCAAGCCAAAUGAUUGCAUCACUAUUGAGCCAGGCAUAUACGUGCCGGACAACGAUCGCUGGCCGUCGCAUUUCCGUGGUCUGGGAAUCAGAAUUGAAGACUCUGUAGUGAUUGGCGAGGAGCAGCCCGAGAUCCUGACGAAGACUGCCGUGAAAGAGGCACACGAGAUCGAAGCUUUGAGAGAUCGAUGA